AUGGCAAAACAACAGUCCUCAUUGGCUAAGUAUUUCCAUGCCAUUAAAGACUCACCACGAGAAAUCUUUAACUGUCGGCUCUUCUUGACCGCGUUGGCAUUCGCCCUUGGGGGAUGUGCGAAAGGCUGGGACGAAGGCUCCGCUGCUGCUAUCACGCAACUCCCAUCCUUCCGAGAAAAAUACCACCUUGAUGAUACCUCGAUAUCCAACAUCGUCUCUCUCGUGAACCUGGGAGCAGGAGUUGGUGCACUUCUUUCGUUCUUGUUGAAUGAUUGGAUUGGACGGAAGAACUCACUUCGGGUGUACCAGGCCACCUACAUUGCCGGCUCCCUCAUAUCUUGCUUCUCUUCGGGUAAUGCCGGGGCUCUGUAUGCUGGUAGAAUUGUGGCCGGCCUUGGUAUCGGAGCAUUGUCUGUUGUCUGCCCGAUGGCAAUCUCGGAAAUCGCACCCAGAGCUACAAGAGGUUUGCUGACGCUGUGGUUCAAUAUCUGCAUGCUGGCAGGGCAGGCACUAGGUGUCUUUAUUGUCUACGGUUGCUCGAUUCAUGUCGAGCCCGUGAAGGAUCUACAAUACCAAGUCCCUUGGUUUGCUCAAACGUUUGCCCCGGCCAUCAGCAUUGUGCUUUCGUUCUUUGUGACGGAAUCACCUCGGUGGCUUCUCAUCGACCAGAAACACGAUCAAUCCUUACAAGCGCUGGUACAGCUUCGAGGAUUGUUAUCCGAUGCAGAGCCUGUGGCCACCGAAUUUCAAAGCAUGGCGUGCCAGAUCGAAGAUCGUGAAGCAGGUCUCGGUAAAAACAGCAUUAAACAGAUUGUCCGGGAAACAUUCCUGGUCAAGUCGAACUUGCGUCGGGUACAAUUGACGAUCAUCAUCUAUAUUCUCGCGCAAAUGUCUGGAGCUAACGCCAUAACCAACUAUCUGCCCACCAUUUUUGGUCUCAUUGGUGUGACCAAUUCAGAUGUCAAGGUUUAUUCGACUGGCCUAUAUACUGUUGCAAAAUUGAUUUGCUGCCUGGCUGCUGCACUUUUCUUCAUCGAUUUUGUCGGGCGCCGGAAAUCUCUUAUGCUUGGCAUAUCUGUUCAGAUUGCCUGUCACUCCUACCUGGCCGGUUAUCUGAAGAUCUAUCGAAGUGACCCAGCAGGCAUGAGCAAAGGGGGAACCGAUGCGGCAUUGGCAUUUAUCUAUAUUCAUGCAUACGGGUGGGCGAUCGGUCUAUAUAGCUUGCCCUAUCUCUUCGGCGCAGAGCUCUGGCCUAACAAGAUUCGUUCUUUCGGUGGAGCUCUCUCACAGUGCUUCCACUGGCUCUUCUAUUUCGCCAUCACCAAAGCUACUCCCUCUUUGCUGAGUGGUCUUCAUCAAUGGGGCGCGUUCGUUCUAUUCAUUGGCUUCUGUGCGUUGGCCCUCCUUUACACAUAUUUCAUGGUUCCUGAGACAGCGGGAAUGAGCCUCGAAGAGAUCAAUAAAAUCUUUGAACGUCCAUUGUUCCUACUCACUCGGCCUCUCGAUGCCCAAGAAUAUGUGCAACAAGAGCAGUAA